CUUAAUUAAAAAACACAAUAUUAUAGUAAUAUAUUACUUCUUCGUGACCCCAUUAUAAUUAAUUCGCUGCAAUCUGUGCAGCUAACCCAUUAAAACCUAAAACUUAAAGAGAUCCAGAUCAGAUCAUUAAUGGCGGAAGACGAUGAGCUGAUUGUUCUGGACUUUUGGAGCAGCCCCUUUGGUGCGAGAGUGCGAAUAGCUCUGAGAGAAAAGGGAUUGGAAUUUGAGUCGAUAGAGCAGGAUUUGGUCAACAAAUCUUCACUGCUGCUGGAGAUGAACCCUGUCAAUAAGCAAUUGCCUGUCCUCAUCCGCAACGGGAAACCCAUCUGCGAAUCCACCAUCAUCGUCCAGUACGUCGACGAGACCUGGACAACGUCAACGCCUCUGCUCCCCGACGAUCCCUACCAGCGAUCUCGAGCCAGGUUUUGGGCCGACUACAUAGACAAGAAGAUAUACAAUGUCGCAAAGGCAUUGUGGGUAGACCAAGAGGGAGCAACCGAACAACUGAUCGAGUGCUUCAAGACGAUCGAACUAGAGCUUGGCGAGAAGCCAUACUUGGGAGGCGACACAUUUGGCCUUGCGGACAUCAACCUAGUAUCAUUCUCGAGCAUGUUCUACACUUGGGAGAAGUGUGGCAAUUUUAGCCUAAGUGUCGAAUGUCCUAAAUUGGCGACGUGGAUCACCCGGUGCCGGGAGAGGGAUAGCGUCGCAAAGUCUCUGCCCGAUCCACAUAAGAUAUAUGAAUUCUUCAUGAAUUUUAAGAACAAUGCUUCAAAUUGAGAAAAAAUCUUAAGAAGAAGCCUCCGAAUACUUGCAAUAUGUUUUAAACGAAAUAAUUUCGUCCAAUCGAAUGUAAUAAAUACAUUUCUUCCUAACUUUAGUUGGGACUAAAAUAUUACAUCAUAUUGGAAUCUA